CAAAAAAGUGGAUAUUGUUGUAUAGUUAACAUAUUCAGAGAGCGGCAGCAUUUUGCGGUUUUAGGCCGUCAUAUCCUCUCUCAAGUUCUCUCUGAUCAUAAGUUGAGUUCAGAAUAAAAAAAAUUAAAAUUAAAAAAAAAGUAAUUUUCCCACCUAUCAAGGUGGUUGAUUUUUAUAUCAGUCAGAUUGUUGUCCGGAAGACUGGUUAGUGAUUCUCCUAUGAGGAAAUGUCCUGGCAUUAAAGGUUCCAGAUCAGACGGAUCAAAGGAUAGGGGUGACAGCGGCCUCGAAUUCAGGCACGCUUCAAUCUGCACGUUGUCAAUUCCUCAAAGGUAAACAAGGUAUUGCCCAUGACUCUGCGGAAAUGAUAUUUGCAGGAUAUUUGACUCCUGCUUCCCAUAGACCUCCUAGAUGCGGCGAAUAUGGAGGAAUAAAGUUCCAUUCUAUACCUCUCUCCUGCAACGCGUCGCCAAUUUCUCCGUUGAUGGAUGUGCGGAGAAAAGCGUACAACUCUUGUAACUCGCGUUUAGCACCCACGAAAUUGGUGGCGUUAUCGCUGCAAAUCUUUUGAGGCGAACCUCGCCGAUCAAUGAAAGCGAGUUGAUCCUGCAUGCUGAGCACUGUGUACCGACGUCUAUCCGCAACACCUCUGCACCGUACUUUUUUAUUAUUUUUGCCAAAUAUAUUGCAUUCAUAUUAGAAAUAAAAAUAUGGCUGCCUAUAUCAAUCGUGCAAUGAUACAAUCGUCCAUGAUUGGAGGGGAUAGCCAACUUCGAUCAGAUGUUAGAAAUGAUAAUUCUCCUCUACAGAUCUUUGUUAAGGCAAAGAAAAGGAUAAAUGAUAUAUUUAUGGAUAUAGAAAAAUAUGUGGAGGAAACUGUGGAGUUUAUGACAUCAUUCCAAAAUGAUCAGAAUAUUGUAACUGUAGAAGAGGCAAUAAAAGUUAAAGCUUACAUAGAUAAAAUACGAGCAAUAAAAGAUGUUCUUAAAAGAGAUCACAUGAAAGUUGCUUUUUUUGGCAGGUGAGUAACUAUAUUAAAUGAUUUAAGGGGAUGCUG